AUGGCGGGAGACUUUUCCGGAUGCGCGGCACGAAAGAAAAACCGGGCGCAAUCUAUCGAGUAUAAUCCGGUGAAGACAGAUGGAGGAGAAAACUCGAAGCAGCCCACGAAUCCGCUGACGACCCGUAGCGGACUGCGAGUGUACAAAAUUGUUAUAUUGGGCGAUGGUGGAGUUGGCAAAUCAGCUGUUACAUUGCAGUUCGUUAGCCACAGUUUCCUCGACUACCACGAUCCGACCAUCGAAGACUCCUACCAACAGCAAGCCGUAAUCGAUGGAGAAGCGGCUCUUCUCGACAUUCUGGACACUGCCGGACAGGUCGAAUUUACGGCCAUGCGCGAUCAGUACAUGCGCUGCGGGGAAGGAUUCAUCAUUUGCUACUCGGUGACCGAUCGUCAUAGCUUUCAGGAGGCAUCCGAGUAUCGGAAGUUAAUAGCGCGAGUGCGCCUCACGGAAGACAUCCCUUUGGUACUGGUGGCUAACAAGCUGGAUCUGCAGUCGCAACGAAAAGUUUCCACCGAAGAAGGCAAAACACUGGCCACACAGUUUGGUUGUCCAUUCUACGAAACAUCGGCCGCCCUGCGCCACUACAUAGAUGAGGCGUUUUUCUCGUUGGUUCGGGAAAUCAGGCGGAAGGAAGAGCAGCGGGCUUUGAAUGGAGGCUCUAGUUCUGAAAAGAUUCAUCCUCGAAGACGCAGCCGCUGGUGGCGAUUACGUUCUAUAUUUGCGCUAGUGUUUCGAAGGCGUAGGAAUAUUACGAACACCGAUCAAUAGGACAACUGAACAUUGCACAAGAACCGGUACCAUUUUACAUGCUCUGUUACGGUUCAGUCGCAAUGCGCCGUCACUCCGCAUAUGGUACAAAGUAUUAUUGUUGUUCUAUUUUCGUUUUCAUUCUCAGUUACUAAAGCUAUACUUUCCGCAAGGAAUGCGCGCUUCAAUCAACGAAAAAACUCAACUAUCUCAUGUCUAACAAAGAAACUCCCAUUUACGGGAAUCUUGUAUAGCCCCGAUUCCGAUCGUGGGAUGACUUUUAUGUUUUAUAUUUAUGAUAAGAAAGAGUUUGGUCCAAAGGACCUGCAGCGCAACGUAGACCAAAUGAAUAGAAUGGAGCCAUUGGGAUAAAAAAAGCUAAACAUCGACUACAAUACGGUUUUAAAUAUAUGUUGAUUCUAUCAUGAAUUAAAGUGAAAUUUUAAAAGAAAGGUCUACAAGACUAAGGCAACUCAUAUGUAAUGUAAUAGACAUUGCUGAAUCGUUCUCAAACAACUUCAAAAACUAGUACGACUUGACUCAAAUAUUAAAUGAAUGACUGAUCCUCUGAUUGAUGUCUUGGUUUAUUCCUGAUAAAUGAGCCCUAUGUGUUCA